CUCAAGGACAUGUCUGACACCCACAGCAGCCCUCUCCUGGCAGAAGCUCUUUCCAGCCGAUGUAAGCUCUAUGAGUCUGAAUUCACCAGCCCCAGCUGGCCCUCAAGUCCCCAGGACACACAUCCAGCCUUGCCCCUCCUGGAAAUGCCUGAAGAAAAGGAUCUUCGUUCAUCCAAUGAAGACAGCCACAUUGUGAAAAUAGAAAAGCCCAAUGAAAGGAGCAAAAGGAGAGAAAGCGGGGCGGCCCACCGGAGCUCUGCAGACAGUGGGGGCAUCCACCUCUUCCAGGCAGUGGGCUACCUCACAGGAGAAAUGAAGGAGUGCAGGAACUGGCUGAAAGACAAGCCCCUGGCCCUCCAGUUCACAGACUGGAUUCUGAGAGGCACUGCUCAGGUGAUGUUCGUCAACAACCCACUCAGCGGGUUCAUCAUCUUCAUCGGACUCCUGAUCCAGAAUCCCUGGUGGACAAUUGCUGGAGCUUUGGGGGCCGUGGUCUCCACCUUAACGGCCCUCGCCUUGAGCCAGGAUAGGUCUGCUAUCGCCUCCGGACUCCACGGCUACAACGGGAUGCUGGUGGGGCUGCUGAUGGCCGUGUUCUCUGAGAAGAUGGACUACUACUGGUGGCUUCUGCUUCCCGUGACUUUCACAGCCAUGGCCUGCCCAGUUCUUUCAAGUGCUUUGAAUUCCGUCUUCAACAAGUGGGACAUCCCAGUCUUCACACUGCCCUUCAACAUUGCAGUGACCCUCUACCUGGCCGCCACAGGCCACUACAACCUCUUCUUUCCCACAACACUGGUGGAGCCUGUAUCUUCAGUGCCCAACAUCACUUGGACAGAGAUUGAAAUGCCCUUGCUAUUACAAGCCAUCCCCGUGGGGGUCGGCCAGGUGUACGGCUGCAGCAAUCCCUGGACAGGUGGUGUGUUCCUGAUGGCUCUGUUCAUCUCCUCGCCCCUCAUCUGCUUGCAUGCGGCCAUUGGCUCAAUCGUGGGAAUGCUAGCAGCCUUGACGGUGGCCACGCCCUUCGAGACAAUCUACAUGGGCCUGUGGAGCUACAACUGCGUGCUCUCCUGCAUUGCCAUUGGUGGCAUGUUCUACGCCCUCACCUGGCAGACCCACCUGCUGGCCCUCAUCUGUGCCUUGUUCUGUGCUUACAUGGGAGCAGCGCUGUCCAACAUAAUGUCGGUGGUUGGUGUGCCACCAGGCACCUGGGCCUUUUGCCUGUCCACCCUCAUCUUCCUCCUCCUGACGACCAACAAUCCCGCCAUCUACAAACUCCCGCUCAACAAAGUCACCUACCCAGAGGCCAAUCGUAUAUACUUCCUGACCGUGAAAAGCAACGAAGAAGAGAAGUCCCCCAGCGGUGACUAG